CGUUCAAGUUGCUGGAGAUUGUUGGUUAGUUUGGACAGGCGGCAGAGGUGCGGAGCGGAACACAGCGUGGAACACAGCGCGGAAGGAAUCACUGGAGUUUCAGUGAUUUUUCCUGUGGAUGGUCCCCGUCUAUCUGAUGCUCCUUGUUUCUCACACGGGGUUCUGGAGGCAGUGAGGAUCUUCCCGAGUGUGAUUGUAUUCCCUGGAUGCUCAGUGAUUUCUCCCCGGUUUAGAUGGAGAAGUCGGGAAGGCGGUGGAGUGGAGACUUAGAUUGAGUGUGUGUGUGUGUGUGUGUGUGUGUGUGUGUGUGUGUGUGUGUGUGUGUGUAUAUAUAUAUAUAUAUAUAUAUAUAUAUAUAUGUAUGUAUGUAUGUAUGUAUGUAUGUAUGUAUGUAUGUAUGUAAAACAGACAGACAGAGAGAUCUCACACCACUACAAUCCUCCACAUACUACCAUGUUCUAAAGUGAACUGUCAAUGUGGAGAAGGUUGAGAAGUUCAUCAGACACCAUUUCCAUCCAGCCAGAAGAAGAAGCAGAAGAUGUUUGGGAUGAUUUUGCGAGCUGCUGUACGGAAUAAACCAGGAUAACCCAAACAGGAGACAGAAAGAAGGGGAUUGCAGGUUUGCCGCGCAGCACAUGAAGCUCGGGGAAGCCAGGAAGCUUGAGACACGAGAGCUCGAAUACAGUCAGAUCAGCACUCGCAGCUCAACCCCAAUGGAGUCCUCGCACAAGAGGAAGGCCUUCAAGAGGAAGUGGCAGGUUUUUCCUGGGAGGAACAAAUUCUACUGCAAUGGCAGGAUUAUGAUGGCAAGACAGACCGGCGUCUUCUAUCUGACUCUCGUCCUCAUCCUUGUCACAAGCGGACUCUUUUUCGUGUUUGACUGUCCGUUCUUGGCACUGACCCUGACUCCAGCGAUCCCUGUGGUCGGUGGAGCGCUGUUCUGCUUCGUGAUGGGGACGUUACUCAGGACGAGCUUCAGCGACCCCGGCGUCCUGCCCAGAGCCACUCCGGACGAGGCUGCAGAUUUGGAGAGGCAGAUAGAUGUUGCCAAUGGUUCCAGUACUACAGGAUACCGGCCUCCUCCUCGGACCAGAGAGAUCACUAUUAACGGACAGACAGUGAAGCUCAAGUACUGUUUUACUUGUAAGAUCUUCAGACCACCACGUGCAUCACACUGCAGCCUUUGUGAUAACUGCGUGGAGCGGUUCGAUCAUCACUGCCCCUGGGUUGGGAACUGCGUCGGAAAGAGGAACUACCGCUUCUUCUACAUGUUCAUCCUGUCCCUGUCUUUCCUCACGCUCUUCAUCUUCGCCUUUGUCAUCACGCACAUAAUCACGAAAUCCCAUCAGAUCGGCUUUCUCAGUGCGCUUAAAGACAGUCCUGCCAGUGUGCUGGAGGUCGUCGUGUGUUUUUUCUCCGUGUGGUCAAUAGUGGGACUCUCCGGAUUUCACACAUACCUGAUUGGAUCCAAUCAGACCACCAAUGAAGAUAUUAAGGGCUCGUGGUCAUCAAAAAGAGGAAAAGAUAACUACAACCCUUACAGCUAUGGAAACAUUUUCACAAACUGUUGCGCAGCCCUCUGUGGUCCUCUUCCGCCCAGUCUCAUCGACAGAAGAGGCUUGGUUCUCCCCGAUACGCCGCAGCCCGCACCACCCACGAAUGGUAUCACAAUGUACGGUGCCACUCAGUCCCAGACCCGCGUGUGUGACCAAGACCAGUGCAUUCAGAGCACCAAAUUCGUUUUGCAGGCCGCCGCUACGCCGCUGCUGCAGAGAGAGACCCCGGUCAUGGCUGAAGAGUCAUCGAUGGCUGGAAGGCCAGCUCCAGGUGCCCCGUGCCCAUUACUUCCUCUUGGCCAGCCCACGCCGCCCACCUCCACCCUGAGUCUGAGCUGUGAAGCAGAGAGUCUGAGCUCUCCUGCCCCUGAGGCCCAGCACCACUUCCUGACACCUGAGGACGCCCCGUCACCCCCAGGCAUGCUUCCCUCUACAAGCCCGUUGGAGCACAGCGGCCAGACGGUGCCCUUCUACACCCCUGCCAGCCAGGACUCUCUACACGAGGACUCGGUCAGAGGCCUGGUCAAACUCAGCUCUGUUUAAAUACACCGUGUGUCUCCCACACUGCCCUUUAAUCUGUGCCAAGAGCCUGCAAGCUCCUCAUAGUAAACUCUACAAUCUCAGUGAUCUGAGCAGCCCAAAGUCUACAGUCUGCCACACUCACUAAUCACAGUGAGCUGCCAAAUCCGUCUUUGCUCCUGUGACUGUCCAUGGAUACAGGAGCUGCUGCCCUGAAGGCAGGGUGUCUUCUAAAACAAAGGGCUGCAUCAAACUCAGUGCAUCAAACCGCUUGAGGACGUUCCACUCGAAUAGCUACUUCACGGGUCACUUGCUGGCAUUCAUGUAUUUGUGGAGUUUUUGGAAACUUUUCAAAUCUUUUGCCUGUCGAUUGGAAAAGGACAGUUUUUGCCUUCCAGUCUUUUGAGAUUAUUGCACAGUUGAUAACGUGAGCUGUUGUCAUGAUGUUGCAGAUGCGUAUACUUUUUUUUUUUUUUUUUCCCGUCUUUUAAACCUGUUUUGGGAACAAUAUGGUAUUGUCUUGUGACACAAAAGAAAUGUUUUCCUUUAUCAACAAACUGGUAUGUAUUGGUAUGAUAUGAGUACAUUCCCUGAUGUUUUAAUGGGAUUGUGUAAAAGCUGUUCCUGCAUCUUUAAACUCUUAAUGUCAUAUGCUGCAAAGUUCCCUGGUCAGUGUUACCAUGUGACAGUUGCCUGUAGUGGAUGUUUUAGCAACUCGACCUAUGAUACUGUGUUAUUGAGAAGAAAAAAACUGCCCAAUAAAAUCCGAUUCGUUAAAA